UCUCCAAAGAGCAGUCACCAAAUUCAAGCAUCACACAUCAGAUCACCUGAAAUUCCUGGGCGAACAACCACCUCAAUAUUAUAGUUUAGAAUACUGAGUUAGCACCACAAAAGAUGGCCCAGCAGCCGAGCGACAAGACCAAACCCAAGACCGAUCCCAAGUCGCGAAAACUCAAGUUCGCCGGCUGUUGCCACCUGAAGGAUGAGGCCCUGGCCCGUCUCUACAAGAUCGACCGUCUGACCGACGAGGAGCUGGCCUCCGUGGGCCUGCAGCGCAAGUCCCUGAUCGAUGACUAUCGCCAUCUGCACGAGCUCUCGCAGAUGAGGAAGUGGGAGAACGGAGUCCGCCCGGCUCGUCCGGCUCAAACCCAUAGGAGCCGCUUCUCCCGAAUGCCCCAGUUUCGCCUCCAGGAGUACAAGCCGGUCAAGUUGUAUAAAUUCCAGUUGCUCAACCAGUUGGUACACGUGAUGAGUUUCGACAAGGAUUCGGAGACCAUAUUCAAUGAGAAGCAGUUCGAGUUCGAUGCCGAUUACCAUGAGGACGAGGAGGUCCAGAGGCUGCCGGCCAAGGAGCGCAAGCGUCGCCGCUUCGAGUCCUUCUGCGACCAUCUGGACAACAUGUUCAUCUGCGGCGAUCGCAACAUGGCCAUCGACCUGGUCGUCGAUGCCCUCAUCCGUUUGAACAGGCGCCGAAAGCUGAACCCUCCUACUGGGCCGGCCAAUCCCAGUCGCCUCCUGCCGGUUCCCCGCCGGGAAUACUAACUAUACAAGGGAUCUGGUGACAUAGUCCAUAACCCUAUCUCACACACAUCCCACACCACCCAAUCCCAAAAUCAUUCCAAAGCAUGCAGUAUUAUUGAAAAAGAUGGAAAAUCGAAAGCACUCGUUUUCUUUUUUGUUAAUUUUUAUUUCGAUUCUCCACACAAAUACACUUCUCUUCAGUAUAUUAUAUUUUAAACACAUUUUAAAUUAAAUUUCGAUUUCCCAUUCA